UUAUCCCGCCCAAUUAUUUUUUUUUAUUUUUAUGAAACAAAAAUAAUUUUGUUUAUGAAUAUGAUUUUACUUGGAUGGUGUGUGAUUCUUAAGCUUCCUGUUUGGUAUUUAAAAUCUUAUUGGAAAUUUUUAUAAAAAGGCGUUUUUUAAUGGUGGAUUAUAUUAUCUAAAGUGGAUUGGAAAAUUGAAGAGCAUAAAGUAUAUUAUACACAUUGAAAAUAGAGUUUUAUGAUGAACAAUACUUGUGAAAAACUUAUACAAGAUUUAAAAGGUACGCCAAAAAUUAGUCCUUCAAUUAUUAGCGUUAUUCUACCAGAAAUAUGUAACUUUGUCAACACAAGUCCUAACGCAAGUCGAAUUGCAUCACAGUUUCAAAAAUUAUGCUGCAGCCCAAUAUCUUCUAUAAUAUUAAAUAAAACGCUCGACUCAAGUAAUGGAAUAAAUCAUAGUCGAAUUGAACAAGUUUGUCGAUUAAUGUCUAAGAAUAACAAACCAGACGAAGAAGAAUUUUAUAAUGAGUUUUGUUUAUCAUGGAUGAAAAGCGAGCCCGCUGAACAUCAAAUUUUAACUUACGUUUUAGCUUCAAUAUUAUCGCCAAUAGGAUUGUUUGCCAACAUUCUUAUUUUAACUACUGUUUAUAAAGUAAAAAAAAUGCAAAAUCCUACCGGAUAUUUUAUAUGCAAUUUGGCUAUAGCUGAUUUAUUUGUCAUUUUAGAAACCCUUCUUUUUCAUACAUUUUACAAAAGCGGUACUAUGAGUAUAGCCUCCGAGCGGGUUCAAAAGUUUAUGUUUCCUUCAUUAGAUAUAAUGUUAGGUUCUGCUUCAUUGUUACACGUUACAGCUGUAAGCAUUGAACGAGGCAUUGCUGUUGCAUUGCCAAUGAAGUAUCCAUUUUACCUCAGUGAACUUCGAGCAAAAAGACUUAUUCAAGGCAUCUGGGUAUACUGUACUUUGAUAUUUUUUCUCAGUAUAUCGAGAAUAUGGGUGGUACAAAAAUUUUAUGAGGAGACCAUUUUUUUUGUUGCAGUUUCCUGCAGCUUUUUUAUCCCUUUUGUUCUUGUGACAACAUCUUAUGGUAUUAUAAUGUUUUCAGCAUUAAAAAGUAUUAAGAUGGAGCAUAGUAUUAGAAAAGUUAUUGCCGCUAUCAGCAGAUUGGAUGAUAAUCUUUUGACAAAAGCAACCGUAAGACCUCCUAGGUUUCGAGAAAUAAAAAUUACUUUUAACGUAAUGACAAUGACUAUACCGUUUGUCUGUGGUUGGGGAUAUUUUAUGACGUGUAGUACGUAUGAAAUAGCCGCUAAUUAUAAGUUUAAAGGCUUUCAAAAUUGGUUGAUCAUGUCUCUUCCAUUUCUUGUUUCAUGUAUUAACCCUUUGACGUAUAUCGUUUUCACGCGCUCGUUAAGACAAAGUUCGUUUAGAGUCCUUUCAAACUUAUGUUCAAAUAUUUUUCAAAGAGUUUCUUAUAAACGCAAAAAUAAUCGUCGAAACUCUAACUUAAAUUUGUAACUUUAUAAAGGUUUUUCAUAAAUGAUGGUAUAUUCACCAGAACCAUGAGUAUUGUCAUCAAAACCAUGGGUAUGGUCAAAAGAACCAUGGGCAUGGUUACCAGAUAUAGUUUAACUUAUUAAUUAUAAAUGGUAUAUUUAUAUAGUUUUAA